AUGUUCAAGCUCUGUUUGACUAACUGCACUUGCCAAGACUAUCUGCCGGACCACAUCUGGAAGACCAACAGCCACUAG